AUGGUGGCAAACUUCACGUCAACCGUCGGCGACCUCCCGCCCCUCCCGGAAUACACCCUCAAGCCCUACGCCGACCUCAUUCCCGGCCUGCCCGACGUCUACCUGCGCAUCUUCCUCCCCAUCGUCGUCUACUGGAUUCUGUCGCUCUUCUUCCACGUCAUUGACGUCUACGACGUCUGGCCGCAGUACCGCCUGCACACUCCCGAGGAGAUCACCAAGCGCAACCACGUUUCCCGCUACGAGGUCGCCCGCGACGUCCUCCUCCAGCAGCUCAUUCAGGUCGGCAUGUCCGUCUUCCUCGAGUACAUUGACGAGGAGCAAUUCACCGGCCAGGAGAACUAUGACGUCGCCGUCUGGGCCACCCGCGUCCGCGUUGCUCAGCGCGCCCUGCCCACCAUCCUCGGCCUGCUCGGCCUCAACGCCGCUUCUCUCGCAAAGAACAUGUCCGCCACGCACCCCUUCAUCGCCGGUGCGCUUGCCGGCGGCCACUACCCCUUCCUCACCACCGAGCUCGACGGGUCGCACGCCGUCCCCGUCUUCGCCACCUGGGAGCUGCUCGUCGCAAAGGCAAUCUACUGGCUCGCCAUUCCCGGAUUCCAGCUCUUCGCCGCCAUCUCUAUCCUGGACACAUGGCAGUACUUCCUCCACCGCCUCAUGCACGUAAACAAGUGGAUGUACACGACCUUCCACUCGAGACACCACCGUCUCUACGUCCCCUACGCCUAUGGCGCCCUCUACAACCAUCCGUUCGAGGGCUUCCUCCUCGACACCCUCGGCGCGGGCAUCGGCUUUCUCCUCACCGGCAUGAGCGCGAGGCAGGGACUGCUGUUCUUCUGCCUGUCCACCGUCAAGACCGUCGACGACCACUGCGGCUACUCGCUGCCCUGGGACCCCCUCCAGCACAUCACGAGCAACAACGCCGCCUACCACGAUAUCCACCACCAGACGUGGGGCAUCAAGACCAACUUCUCCCAGCCCUUCUUCAUCUUCUGGGACCGCGCCCUCGAUACGCGGUACAAGGGCGACAGGCAAAACCGGUUGCUGGCGUCAAAGGGCAAGGGAGCCGCGGUGGCGGCCAAGUCCGAAUAA